AUGUGCUACCCGCUGCGGAAGAAGCUCGCUGCCACUCGGGCCGAGGUUUUCGUGCCCCUGCUUGAGGCCGUGGAGGCGCUCGUGGAUGCGCUCAAGUUCAAUGCGAUGUGCGACCGGCGAGGAGAAACCGGUACAAGAUCAGGCAAAGACAGCCCCAGCUUCGCUGAUAAGCUUGUUGUGCUCCUGUCGUUCGUGUUUCUCUAUAAAGAGCAUAGCGAAGCAGUAACCACGCAGUGUUUCUUGGUCGAGAAAUCCUCUACAAUGGCGAGGCCGAACCAUCUCCGGCUCAUCUUCUUCUUCCCGGUGUUUCUUGCAUUGAUCCAGGAGACCACGCAGCUCCAGCCUUCGCAGGUAUGGACUCUGAUCAAGAUCCAGCAGCUCCUGAACAGCCCUCCAAUGGUCAGCCACUGGCGCCGCAGCACCGACUUCUGCGGCGGCGCCGGCGGCUCCAUGGGGCCUACGGGCACGGCCGCCGUCCUGUGCUACGGGGACACCGUGACGCAGCUCCACAUCGCAGGCGCCGCGGGCGCGCCGCCUCUGCCCCGGAACUUCUCCAUCGGGGCCGUCGUCACGACGCUGUCCAGGCUCCCCGACCUCAAGGUGCUCACGCUGUCCGGGCUCGGACUCUGGGGCCCCCUGCCGGGCAAGCUCGGCCGGCUCGCCUCGCUGGAGAUCGUCAACAUGAGCGGGAACUACCUCUUCGGCGAGGUCCCGAGGGGCAUGUCGCGCCUCGUCGCCCUCCAGACGCUGGUCCUCGACGACAACAUGCUGGGCGGCGAGGUGCCGGACUGGAUCGGCGCUCUGCCGUCGCUGGCCGUGCUGAGCCUGCGGAACAACACGUUCCAGGGCGCUGUGCCGGAGUCCCUCGGGAGCGCGCCGUCGCUGCGGUCGCUCGUGCUCGCGUCGAACAACCUGUCCGGGAACCUGCCGGACAUGAGCCGGCAGAGCAACCUCCAGGUGCUCGACGUCGGCGGCAACUCGCUCGGGCCGGCGUUCCCCAGGCUCGGGAGGAAGGUGGUCACCGUGGUGCUGAGCAGGAAUAGGUUCGGCGGCGGCCUCCCGCCGGAGCUGGGUUCGUUUUACCUGCUGGAGCGGCUGGACGUGUCGUGGAACCGCUUCGUCGGGCCGUUCGCGCCGGCGCUGCUCUCCCUGCCGUCCAUUCGGUACCUGAACAUCGCCGGCAACAGGUUCACCGGGACUCUGUCCGACAAGGCGCCGUGCGGCGACAACCUCCGGUUCGUCGACCUGUCGCUGAACCUCCUCAUGGGGAGCGUGCCGACCUGCUUGAGGUCACCGGACAGGAAGCCGGACACGGUGGUGCUCGUGUCCACCAACUGCCUGGAUGACAGCGACGGUUCACAGCACCCGUCACCGUUCUGCCAGAACCAGGCCCUGGCCGUGGGGAUACUGCCCGGCAAGGAGAAGAAGAACAUCGCAAGCCAUGCAGGCUUCGUGGCCGGCAUUGUGAUGGCGAUCCUUGUCGCCAUUUCGGCUGUCGGUCUCAUCGUCUUCUUCGCUGUGAGGAGGCAAGCCAUGAAAGGUUCGGAGUCGAGGGCUCCCACAGCUUCGGAGGAAGAAAAUUCUUCGAUUGGCUACCCUUCCAAGCUGCUCGCUGAUGCACGAUACAUAUCACAGACGGUGAAGCUGGGAGCCCUGGGGAUCCCAUCAUACAGAUCAUUCUCUUUGGUCGAGCUUGAAGCUGCAACCAAUAACUUUGAAAACUCUCACCUGCUGGGACAAGACUCUCACGGCGAGAUGUACCGAGGAAGGUUAGGCAAUGGCACGCCAGUGACGAUCAGGACUCUGAAGAUGAAGAGGAGCCAGACUACCCAGAGCAUCAACCGCCACAUCGAGACGAUCUCCAGGCUCAGGCAUCAGAACUUGGUCAGCGCUCUGGGACACUGCUUUGAGUACGAUCUCGAUGAGUCCACUGUGACCCAGCUGUACAUCGUGUUCGAGUACGUGCAGAAUGGGAACCUGAGGAGCAGGAUCUCGCAAGGAACUGAAGGGUGCAGGCUUACCUGGUCGCAGAGGAUAUCGGCCACCAUCGGUGUCGCCAAGGGUAUCCAGUUCCUGCACGGAGGUAUCAUACCUGGCCUAGUUGGAAAUGAUCUGAGGAUCACGAACAUCCUUCUGGAUCAGAACCAUGUCGCCAAGAUCGGCAGCUACAACAUCCCGAUCCUAGCAGAGGCCAUGAAAUCCGAGCAGGGAGGAGCUGGAAACAAGUUCCAAACUGAAAGUCGUAUGAAGAGCGAUAAGGCAGACAUCUUUGACUUCGGGGUGAUCCUACUUGAGGUUGUGUCUGGGAAGACCAUCACAUCCAUGUAUGAAGUGGAGAUACUGAAAGAGCUGCUGGCAUGGGCGAUUGCCGACGAGGACCGGGUGAGGAGGAGGAGCUUCGCAGACCCCGUGGUGAGCAAAGGGUGCUCGGACGAAUCGCUGAGGACGGUCAUGGAGAUCUGCCAGAGGUGCCUGGCCAAGGAGGCGUCGCAGCGGCCCUCGGUGGAGGACGUGCUAUGGAACCUGCAGUUCGCCGCCCAGGUGCAGGACGACUGGGAGGUGGAUGCCUGGAGCAGCAGCGGAGGAAGCCCAGUGUCGUCGUCGUCCAGGGCCACCAGGUCGACCCGGCUACACUUGAGCAGAUGA